AUGGCUGGAGGACUUCUCUGGUUCAGUCAUCCUAAUCUUAUAUCAUGCUCACAACGAUUACUGGAGACCUUACCCCUUUUACUCAGCUCUCGCAGCAGGUUGUACUGGAGUAGCAGCCGAUGUUUUGCUGAGCGACUACGGAUCCGAACUGCUUGUUGGCCACGACAAACACUCACUGUCUCCCGAGAAAAGUUUGAGAUCAAUGUGCCUCGAUCCCUUGUUGAGGAUGCUUCACACGAUGAAUUCUUCGGGGCAGUGAUCGAAUUCCAGCCGAACAGACCGCCCGCAGGGACUGUUCAGGAGCCAACCCAACAUUACGCUGGUUCUCCUCCUGAAUGCCGAGAGCGACACAAACCAGAGGUGGAGAGUUCUGAUGGAGCAGCUAGAAUCCCUCAGACAGAAACUCUUUCUCACCCGCUUCGAAGUAGUCGAUACCGAGCCUGGCUUCAGGCUCAAGCAAGAUAUGUGGCCGGGACCUGGAACCAUUGUGGGCGCGGGCAACAUCAUGGAGGAUCGCACAGUAAACUACUGGCCAACGAAUGCGCUGUACUAUCAGUAGCACAACGCAUUCUUCGAUGCGCCGUUGGAACAAUUUCCGGAAGAAAACUGGAGGAAGUAAAUGGCAAUGGGUACUUUGCUUCUCAGAUGUGGCAUGAGCAAGAUAUGUACUUGUUAUAUAUCCGUCUCUUUUUCAGCAGAGUAUCGGAUCGGUCUGCACAGGUUUCGGCAACGAACAACUUGCAAAGCUGA